AAUCGAAAGUCUUUCAGUUCAACAGCUUCCGUUCGAUUCCCGGCUCUGACUCUGAAGUCUUCGGCUUUGGGAAGAAAUGAGUAAAAUGGAAGCUUUUAAUCGCAGUCUACUGCUAAUAUUACUGCUGUUAACAGAUCCACGAUCUAUUGUUGCAUCAUCACCAAACAAUCACCGCUACAAUGUUGGAGAUCAUGUCCCUUUAUUUGUCAAUAAAGUUGCCCCCCUCGACAAUCCCAGUGAGACUUACCAAUACUAUGAAUUGCCAUUUUGCCGUCCAGAUCCUGUAAUACAAAAGAAGGAGUCCCUCGGGGAAGUUCUGAGUGGUGAUCGUUUGACUAGUGCUCUAUAUAAGUUGAACUACCGGGAGAACAAAGUUGCAGAGACAUUGUGUCACAAGAAGCUUCAAGGAGAUGAUGUUGCAAAAUUUAGAGAUGCCGUCAUUAACGAUUUUUACUUUCAGAUGUACUAUGACGAUCUACCGUUUUGGGGAUUUGUUGGGAAAAUUGAAGAUUACGGUUGGACACUUGAGGACAAAUCACCCAAGUAUUUUCUGUUCAAACAUGUAGAAUUUAAUGUGUUUUAUAAUGGAAACCAUGUUAUAGAAGUACAUGCAAUUGGUGACCCAAAUCGAGUUGUUGAUAUAACAGAAGAUGUUGGGAUUGAUGUUGAGUUCACUUAUUCAGUUACCUGGAAUACAACGUCAGCUGCUUUUGAUACCAGAAUGGAUAGAUAUUCAAGGGCUUCAUCCCUCCCAUUUCACCAGAAAAUUCAUUGGUUUUCAUUCAUCAACUCAUUUAUCACUAUUGUGCUGUUGAUAGGAUUACUUGCCUUGCUUUUCGUGCGGCGCCUGAAGAAUGACUUGAGAACGUUUUCAACUGGAGAUGAUGAAGAAGAAGACAGGGAGGUUGGUUGGAAAUAUAUUCAUGGUGACAUAUUUAGAUAUCCUCGAAAUAAGUCCCUUUUUUGUGCUGUCAUGGGCAUGGGUACUCAACUGCUAACGUUAGUUUGCUGCUUAUUUGUGUUGGUAUCUCUUGGUGUCCUUUAUCCAUACAAUCGUGGAACACUUUGCACUGCACUUGUCAUUUUAUAUUCUCUGACAUCUGUAGUUGCUGGGUACACUACGGUUUCCUUCCACUGUCAGUUUGCUGAAACUGGAUGGGGAAGGAGUGUCCUCUUGGCUGGAAUCAUGUAUGCUGGUCCCUUGUUUGUGAUAGGUUCCAUCCUUAAUGUGGUUGCUGUAUCUUAUGGGGCAACAGCCGCACUCCCUUUUGGUACUAUCAUGGUUAUUAUUCUCAUAUACACUUUUCUCACCAUUCCAUUGCUUGUGUUGGGUGGGGUCAUAGGAAACCGCUUUAGGUCUGAAUUUCAGCCACCUUGUGCUACAAAAAGAUACCCAAGAGACAUUCCACCAUUGGCAUGGUACCGGAAAACUCCUUGUCAGAUGUUUCUUGGGGGUUUCUUACCUUUUAGUGCCAUUGUCCUCGAGUUACAACAUUUAUAUGCGAGCUUGUGGGGAUACAGGAUAUUCACUCUUCCCAGCAUUUUGUUUAUCAUGUUCAUCAUCCUCAUCCUGCUCACUGCGAUAUUAAGUGUUGGUUUGACAUAUAUUCAGCUAUCUGUGGAAGAUUAUCAAUGGUGGUGGAGAUCUGUUCUGUGUGGAGGAUCAACCUCUAUUUUCAUGUUUGCUUAUGGUAUUUACUUCUACGCAAGAUCAAGCAUGAGUGGCUUAUUGCAAUUUUCAUUCUUUGUGGGCUACAAUGCCUGCAUGUGCUAUGCAUUCUUCUUGAUGCUCGGCACAGUAGGCUUCCGCUCUUCCCUGAUGUUUGUUCGCUACAUUUACCGAUCUGUUAAGAGUGAAUGACUGAGCCUCUUCAUGUUCCUGGUAAUGGCUUUACCUUGUCUUUCUGCCAUCAUCACGAAGCCCAUAUCUCGCUAACCCCUUAUUGUUAAAAAUCAAGAAAGAAGGGGAGGACACGGGAAGGUUGCGAAGAAUGUGACGUGAACAAAAUUUUCAUGUUUAGCAUGAGAAAAUCAUAGCUAUCUUUGAUGCAAUUUUCCUUCUUUUUUUUUUUUCGUUUCAAGGCUAAGAUUUGUUUGCAAUUCUUAGGAAAACAUUUAUGUAUACACUAUC